GUGGUAAUUUAAAAAUUAACCUUGUAAAAACGUUAUACAAUACUUCAUAAAUUGGUAAGUGCUGCAAUUAUGAUUUUAUGGUUUUGCACCAUUAUUUUAUUUGAAAAAGAAAACAACAAUUAUGACUCAAUCUCAAGAAGAAAUCUAUUUUAUUUAUAUACUGAGCACAAUACUUCCUUUAUUCUCAAUAAUUGCUCCAUUUUAGCCAACAUAGUUGCCAAGGUAUUACUUGAAUAUACUCCGUAAGUAUUACUUAAAUCAUAUGACUGUAUUUGAUCUCAAUUAAGCAUAAUCAUUGAUUAAAAUGGUGUAAAUAAAUAGUGUAAAAAUCAAAAUAGAACACUCAUUAAUCCUCGUAAAUAAAAUAAAAAUAAAAAAUAAAAAAAAUCUAGCAAAGUUAGGAAGUUAAAGCAACGAAUCCAAAAACGCAGUCGUUUAACCUGAAAGCAAACUAAAGAACAGAGGCACACGAGUAAAAACGCUCUUCUCUUCUCCUCCCAAUUUUCAAACUCUUCAUCCUCCAAUUUCCACCAAAUUUAAUUCUAUUUUUGCUUCAAACCAAUUUUGCAGCACUUUUGUAGCGAAUUAUGCCAUCUCAUUUUCUAUCUGUGUGGAUCUGUGGUAUUGGCAAAGAUCAUGGAUCAUCAUCAAUAUGGAGGAGGAAGCUGGAGUAUGAUCCCCAACAUUACGCAUAACAACUUAUCUACAGCCUCCACUCAAGACCCUCUCUUUCUCUCGUCUCAGCCCCAGCACCAACAGCAGUUUCAUCUUCAGCAACAACAACAGCAACAGUUUGGCCUUCAUCAUCAACAACAACAGUUUCAGUCACCGCAACACCAACAAUACAUUCAGCAAUCUCCCCAACAACAGCCACAACAGUUUGUUCAACAACAACUGCAACAGCAAUUUGUUCAUCCCUCGCCACAACAACAGCAGCAACCACAACAACAGCAACCUCAACAACAACAGCAGCAGCCACAACAACAGCAACCUCAACAACAACAGCAACCACAACAACAGCAACAGUACGUACAUCCUUCACCACAACAACAGCAGCAACAAUUUGUUCAUCCUUCGCCUCAACAACAACAUCAACAAUUUGUUCAUCCUUCGCCCCAACAGCAGCAGCAACAGUAUGUUCCUCCUUCGCCCCAACAGCAGCAGCAACAGUAUGUUCCUCCUUCACCCCAACAACAGCAGCAGCAAUUUGUGCAACAGUCCCCUAAACAACAGCAGCAGCAGCAGCAGCCGCCACCACAAAUACAAACACAGAGGUUUCAACAGCAAUAUGUACAGCAAUCGCCCCAACAACAACAAUUUCAGCAACCAUCACAAUUUCAGCAGCAAUCACAACAGCUGCAACCACAACAACAACUUGUGCAACAAUCACCACAACAGUCGCAGCAACUGCAAUUACAACCACAGCAGCCGCAGCAGCAUCAGUCACUUGCUUCUCAUUUCCACCUCUUAAAUUUGAUGGAAAAUCUAGCUGAUGCAGUUGAGAAUGGGACUCGGGAUCAGCAUGCUGAUAAUUUGAUUGGGGAGCUGAACAGCCGCUUUGAGAAGUGCCAACAACUUUUGAACUCUAUUGCAGGGACAAUUAAUUCAAAAGCCAUGACAGUGGAAGGGCAAAAGCGCAAGCUGGAAGAAAGCGAGCGAUUGCUCAAUCAAAGGAGGGAUUUAAUUUCCAACUAUAAAAUUUCUGUGGAAGAGCUGAUUAAAUCGGAGCCCUGAUACAUGUUUGAACUCCAAUUUCGGCUUUGGAUUUCAUGAAGGCUCUGGUUUGCAGUAACUUAUGGCUCAUCGUCUGGGGAUUGCAAUUUAAGAUCAGAUAGUAAUAAAUCCCACAAUCUUUGAAUGUUGAUAGCAGUGCUUGGAACGUUGAUGGUGAUAUUGUGAUAAUGGUUGUUUCUUGGAAUAAUAUUCCUCGUUAAAUAAAAGCCCCAUUUGAUCUGAUAAAAUGUGUGUGUAAAAUAUCAUAAUCUCAGUGAAUUGGGGCAGCUUCUUGUUCUAGUUCUGUUCUUUUGUUUUCUUUUAAGGUUUUAGUAUUCUUGCUCUGUAAUAAAGAUCAUUUUUAGGUGCAGCAUGUUCAUGAAUUACUAAUAUGUAAUUUUUGCCAUAAAACUUUCAAACAUGUCUCAACCUCUGGUAGGAAUUUUGGUGAUUGUUUGAUCAAUAAGAAAAGCCUAGUUUGCCUUGUUGAUUUUUCAA